CGGCGUUGGGGACCGGAGCGACCGGUGGGAGCGGCGGAGCAGCGGCAGAAGACGAAGCACAGGAGAAAGCGGAGGCGGAGCAUUUCAUUUGAGCCGGGCGGUCGAGGUGGGCCCCAACGACCAGCCAGAGAUUCUGCUCGCCCUGUCCCCGGUCAAGUCUCCCCCCUUCCACUUCCACUUCCGCUUCCGUAACCGCCGGGUGGCCGCGCCGGCGACCGAAGCGCAUUGCCGGCUCCCGCGGCCCCCGCCCCCGAGAGAGAAGCGUGCCGGCGAUGGAGGCGGAGGACGGGCGGGCGGCGGAGGCGCAGCGGGAGAAGGAGGCCGGCAACGACGCCUACCGCAAGCAGUACCUCGAGACGGCCGUCGACCACUACACCCGCGGCGCCGCCCUCGACCCCCGCGACAUCUCCUUCCUCACCAACCGCGCCGCCGCCUACCUCCUCAUGUCCAAGUACAGGGAGUGCGUGAGGGACUGCGAGGAGGCGGUGGAGAGGGGCAGGGAGCUCCGCGCCGACAACAGGCUGCUCGCGCGGGCGCUGUCGCGGAAGGCGUCCGCGCUGCUAAAGCUCGCGGCCUGCGCCGCGGACUACGCGCCGGCGAUCAGGGCGCUGCAGCAGUCGCUGGCCGAGCACUACAGCGAGGACACGCGCGACAAGCUGGACCAGGCGGAGACCGCCAGGAAGGAGAUCGAGGAGCGGGAGCGGCUGGAUCAGGAAGCCGCCGACCACCACCGCCAGAGAGGCAAUGAAUUAUUCCAGAGGCAAAAUUAUCAGGAAGCAACAGCUCACUAUACUGAAGCCAUUGAAAAGAAUCCAAAUGAUCCCAGAGUCUUUAGCAAUAGAGCUCAAUGCCACAUCUAUCUAGGAAAUCUGCCUAAAGGUCUGGAAGAUGCCGAAAAAUGUAUUGAGUUGGAUCCUACUUUCCUGAAGGGCUAUGUGCGUAAAGCGAAUGUACAAUUCCUGAUGGAGUAUUAUGAAAGUGCUCUGGCAACAUACAUAGAGGGUCUGAAGUGUGACCCAAACAAUCUCGUUGUAAUUGAUGGCUUAAGGAGAUGUGCAGCAUGCAUUAACAGAUCUAAUGGCGGUGAUGUUGGGCCUGAUGAUUUGGAAGACAUCUUGGGAAAUGUUAGUUCAGACAAUGAUUUGCGUAAUAAACUCCAAAAACUCAUGGAAGAAGCUGCAGCACUCAAGAAGGAAGCCUCUGAUGAGCGCUUGAGGCGGAUUGAAUCUGAACGAAUGGCCAGGACAUCAGAGGACUUAUAUUUAAACCAAGUCCAACAACGAAGAGAAGCUGAGGAAUGUCUUUCGAAAAUAGAACAAGAGUUCCAACAACUUAAAGUACGACAAGAUGAGGUCAGUGAGGAAUUUCAGAAAGCCACCGAGCACAAUGAGAAUCUUCAGCAUCAGCUCACAGAAACAAUAAGAGCACUCGAGUCCAUGAGGGGCAAUGCAACGUCAGCUUCGCCUUCGUCUUCGGGAUCAGUGCUGGAUGAAAACCGCAUACCGUCAUACUUCAUCUGUCCUAUAUCUCAGGAUGUCAUGAACGACCCUCACAUUGCGGCGGACGGCUUCACCUACGAACGCGAUUUCAUCCGGAGCUGGUUCAGCACGGGCAGCGACACGUCCCCGAUGACCAACCUGCCGCUUGAACACGACGAGCUCAUCCCUAACAUCGCCCUCCGCUCCGCCAUCCAGGAGUGGCUCCAGCAGCAGAACGUGGCAGUGUGAUUAUAACCCCUCCUUCAAUCUGCGCCCUGAUCCGCCGCCGCACCUGGCUGGCACCGUAGAAGAGCCUGUGCUCCCAUCAGACGGUGUCUGUUAACGGGCGCAACAAGCAGGCAGCAUGACCAUUUGUGUGUACAGUAGAAAACGCAACGGGUUGGUAAAAACGGUCUGUGCCCUUCCUCAGGCGAUGCUUGUGCGUGCCAUGGCAUGGGCCGCCCACAGGCGCCUUCCAGCUUGUCUUGCACAGUUGCAUGACACAGGACAGGGACAGAGCUGGGAUUUUAGCAACAGCAGCCGGCCGGCUGGUUUCUCAGCCCGUGCGUGUGAGUGUUUUCUACAUUACAUUUGCUUUGGAGCUUGGGGGUCUUCUGAAAUUGCAGUUUUCUUCUUUA